AUGAAUUCUAAUUCUGGCUUAAAUUGUGACAGGGCCUUAGACUUCACUACCCUGGAGAACAAAGGUGUGGGAUAAUAGAUUGCUCCAGAAAAAAUGUAAUCAAGACCUAAUGAAGAACAUAGAUGGGGAGAAGUUAUUAAGACUUCUCUAUCAAAAAUAGAUUCUAGGGAUCAUAAAUUACUAGUGAUUCAAACUUUAUUUUCUGAGAAAGGAGUAGAUCUGAACCUAUCAGAAUUUAGUCUUGGAGAAAUGGAAGGAAUACCUAUGUAUAUUCAACACUCAUUAAACAUGAAGUAAUUAACAGGAUUGAUCUAAGAAGUAAGAUUUAUAGCCUAGAAAACAGGAUCUUUUUUGGGAAUAAUACGCAAGUUAAGGAACGUUGAAAAUGUUUAAAUCCAAAAAUCUUAAAUAAAAAAUUUUUUAAUUUAUUAAUUAAAAAUUAUGGAAGAGAUUUCAGAUAUGAUGAAAAAGUAGGAAUGCAUUUGA